CUUUAUUAGAUGACAUGACAAAAUCGUAUGAAGCUGUUGAUCAAACUUAUAGCUCUCAAAAAAUCAAAUCUACAGGAACUAGCAUCCAACCCACCGGAAUCGAUUUUCCCCAAACUCUAAUGUCAGAUUACAUUGACUUGUUGAACGGGUCGUAUUCCUAUGAUAAUUUGAGCACUUUAGAACCUGUAGAAUACCUACCUUUAACUCAAACAACGACAUUAAAUGAUUGGACCAAUUUACUAAUCUCAAAUGACAACAAUGAUGAUUUGCCUUUACUAAUCCCAAAUGAUGAAGGGGGGCAUAAUAUAAGAACAUGUAUUUCAAAAGAUAAAUGUCCUUUACAUGUAAACAAGAUCAUAUGGAAGGAAGUUAAAGGUGGACUUACUGUUUCGCAAAAUGGUUAUAAGGGAAAGAUUAAUGUUGAUGAUUGUUAUUUUGAAAUUAAAGCUAAAGCGAAAAAAAUUAAACAAGGGGACAUACUCAAAUCAUCUUGUAAUUGCGCCAGAAAGGGAGAUGAACAAUGCCAUGAGAUCGCAAAGUCUUUGGGUGGACCUGGAAACUGUAUAAAUUGUAUGUCAUGUUCUAAGAAAAUGAACAUUCAAAUGAAAUCAAUAGAAAAUAGAGUUAAAAAUGAGGGUGGUAACUACAUUGUGACUUGCGAUAAUAAAACGGACACUAAAACUAUUACACAAAUCUUCAAACCAUAUGUAGGUGAUCCAACGACAACAAUUAUAAUUCGUUUCCCCACUAUUCAUUCCGAACUUUGA